AUCGAGCCAACGGGCGACUUAUCAUGGACUGACUGCUACACCGGCUUCCAGUGCACGCGUUUCCAGGUACCCAUUGACUACUCGAAUGAGGACCGCGACAAAGCUGCUCUCGCGGUAAUCAAGUACUCUGCGGUAUCCGAGACCGAUUAUAGAGGAACCGUACUGAUGAAUCCGGGAGGCCCUGGGGCCAGCGGAGUCGCUAUAAUGGUUUCCCUUGGUUCGUUACUCGCGUCAAUUAUUGGGAACCAAUACGACAUUGUCAGCUUCGAUCCUCGUGGGGUGGGAAAUUCCACGCCUCGAGCAGAGUUUUUUCUCUCAAAAGAAGAGCGUUCACUUUGGCUUGCUAAUCCUGACCAUUGGGUUGCUAUUCCUAGCGCCGACCAGAUUCCUCAUUUAUGGGCAUCUGCAAUGGUUUUAGCGGAACUGGCCAAGGAAAGGGAUAAUGGAAUCCUGAAUUAUGUUAGUACGGAUAAUAUUGCCCGGGAUAUGUUGCGGAUUAGCGAGGCAGCGGGUCAAGAGAAGCUGCAGUAUUGGGGAUUUUCUUAUGGCACAGUUCUUGGCGCCACCUUUGCUACAAUGUUUCCUGAUAAAGUUGAACGUAUCGUGCUUGACGGUGUGUUGGAUAUGGAUGGCUGGUACAGCAAUGACUGGCGCAACGAGCUCGUCGACACUGAUAAGGUCAUGCAGUCUUUCUUUGACGGAUGCGCCGCUGCUGGUCCUGAUGCAUGCGCUUUCUACGCCCCCACCGCCGAAGAGAUAUCCAAUAAUCUCGAUUCUAUAUACGAGUCUCUCGUCACUCAGCCAGUCCCAGUCGUAACCUGUUAUGGAUCUGCCGAAAUCCGGAGAUGCGAGCACGAGGCGAGGAGUAGUGAUCGAAGUGAGGUAAGAUUAAUUAGGAAUGAUGUACGUCGUUAGGGAAUAUAUUGGAUUCCGGCGAGGGUUCGUGAGGAGACCUGAGUGGUCCGGUUUGCGA